AUGGUCUUGCUAUGCCCCCGCAUACACUUUUACGAAAUCAAUGAUCAGGCGUGGUUUCCGCAGUAUUUACGAGAGAAAGUUCAAUCCUGCCUUACAUUAUGUUGGACGUUCCGAGCACCACUUCUACAGAAAGUAUCACCGGCGCAACUCGUUGCAAGCACUUUAUACCGCGCACUUUCCGACGAUGUAACGAAAUAUACAUAUGUUGAUUUCUGCGCCGGCGCAGGUGGACCAACACCAUUCAUCGAGAAGGAUUUGAACUCGCAGCUUUCCUCUACGGGACCGGAAGAAUCUACCACAAAUACAGCUUCUGCAAGUGGCUUGAAGUCUCGGACGCCUAAUACGAAGAGCCUGCUAACGAGCAAGGGAAAUGUCAAGUUCGUCUUGACCGAUUUACACCCACAUAUACCUGACUGGACGGAAGCAACAAAGCGCAGCGAGAACUUGAGCUAUAUGGCGGAAUCCGUUGAUGCUGCUGAUGCCCCAGCUAGUCUCAAUGGAAACGGAGAACAAAAGAUUUUCAGGUUAUAUAAUCUUGCCUUCCACCACUUCGACAACCAGCUAGGUUCUGCGAUCCUGAAGAACACUAUCGAAACCGCAGAUGGAUUCGGCAUAUUCGAACUUCAAGAACGAACGAUGUCCUCCCUGAUUACAGUUUUCUUCAUGGGUCUACUCAUGUUUUUCAUCACCCCGUUCUACUUCUGGCGAUCUCCGGGCCACCUCUUCUUCACCUACGUCAUUCCUAUAAUACCUUUUGUUCUGGUGGUUGAUGGAUACAUCUCUUCUCUGAGGACAAGAAGCGCCGAGGAAGUCCAAGCGCUCAUGAAAAGUUGUGGUGCUUCAUGCGAUGGCUGGACCAUCAAGAGUGGUGCUGACCAGCACACUUUUCCCACGGGUUAUAUGACUUGGAUCAUUGGAACCAAGCAGUAG